UGUGAGAAAGAGCAAGAGCCACAGAAAGCUGGUUUGGGGACAACAGCUAACAGGAGCUCUGAUUGGGACCCAGAGCCAGGUCUUAGACACACAACCACCAGGAUUCCUCACCGCCCCACAGAACAGAAGGGAGCUCAGCCACAGACCACUUAAAGACUUCUUGGCAAGUCCAGCAGAAGCACCUCACCCCAUGGAGAGAUGCCCGGUGAUGGAAGCAGCCAAUGGCUCCAAGGAUGGCUUGGAUUUCAACCCCAUGAAGGAUUACAUGAUCCUGAGCAGUCACCAAAGGAUAGCUGUCGCGGCAUUGUGUACCCUCCUGGGCCUCCUAAGUGCCCUGGAGAACCUGGCUGUGCUCUACCUAAUCCUGUCCUCCCACCGGCUCCGCAGGAAGCCCUCGUAUCUGUUCAUUGGCAGCUUGGCGGGGGCUGACUUCCUGGCCAGUGUGGUCUUUGCCUGCAACUUUGUAAAUUUCCACGUCUUCCAUGGCGUGGAUUCCAAGGCUGUGUUUCUGCUGAAGAUCGGCAGCGUGACCAUGACCUUCACAGCGUCUGUAGGCAGCCUGCUGCUGACCGCCAUUGACCGCUACCUCUGUCUGCGCUACCCACCUGCAUACAAAGCCUUGCUCACCCGUGGGAGGGCACUGGUGACCCUGGCCAUCAUGUGGGUCCUCUCGGCCUUAGUCUCCUACCUGCCCCUCAUGGGAUGGACUUGCUGUCCCAGUCCCUGCUCUGAGCUUUUCCCCCUGAUUCCCAAUGACUAUCUGCUGGGCUGGCUCCUGUUCAUCGCCUUCCUCUUCUCUGGCAUCCUCUACACCUAUGGCCAUGUCCUCUGGAAGGCCCAUCAGCAUGUCGUCAGCUUGGCUGAGCACCAGGGCAGGCAGGUGCCAGGAAUGGCCCGGAUGAGGCUGGAUGUGAGGUUGGCCAAGACCCUCGGGGUGGUGCUGGCUGUGCUGCUCAUAUGCUGGUUCCCAGUACUAGCCCUCAUGGCCUACAGCCUGGCCACCGCUCUAAGCGACAAGGUCAAGAAGGUCUUCGCCUUUUGCUCCUUGCUCUGUCUUGUCAACUCCAUGGUCAACCCCCUCAUCUAUGCCCUGCGGAGUGGGGAGAUCCGCUCCUCUGCCCACCACUGCCUGGCCCUCUGGAAGAAGCACCUGAGGGGCCUUGGGCCUGAAGGAAAAGAAGACGUCCCGAGGUCCUCAGUCUCUGAGACAGAGGCUGACGUGAAAAUCACCCAGUGGCUGAGUCCAGAGGUCUAUACUGUUGACACGAACUCUUUCACGGUUUUGAACAAGCCAAGUCAGAAAUCAUCUCACACGCUGGAGGAGAGAGAGCAGUCUUGACCUUCUCAUCUUACUUGAUCCAGCCCCGAGGGUCUGGGCACUUACGCCUUGUCUCGGAUGAGUGCUGGCACUGACCCCUGGAGGGCAGUCUGGCCAUGCGUAUCUGCACGCCGUCUGUUGGAUAGCUAGGCCCUGCAAGGAGUGGCAAGGUGGGCAGAAGGCAAGAGGCCUGGGCCAGGCUCAGUACAGGUCAGGUCAGGAAAACCUUCUCAACAAGAUGGCUCAGCGCCUGCAUCCUUCAGAGACCGCAGGAGCCAGCGGGAGCCUUCAGGCUCAGCAUUGAGGGACUCGGAGGAAAUCUGGGAAGAAGAAUGGAUUCUCCUCCUGGGAUCUCAGAGUAUUAGACGGAUGGCCAGCCAGCCCUUGCUCCUGCUUAGUUGGUGGGGCCUCCUUCGUUCUGGAGCAUGACAGGCCCCACUUUAGGCAACCCUUUCCCACUGAGGACGAAGAAGUGUAGUGCGAUGAGGAUCCAGGUGAUUGAUCUGCCUCUUUCAGAGGUAACUGACAAGCCUCCAGUUCAGGGCACCUUGUUACUAGGGCAAUGGCCCUUCUUGACAUCCUGAUUAUCCCCACUCACAGACACUGUGGCAUCUUAGGUCUCUGGGGAACACAGAGGAAGCUGGGAUCACUUGAGACACGGAAUCUUCAGAGAAUCUUACUGACCCUAUGAAGUUCUAUUUGGUGGUACGACUGGAAGCAGGCAGUUUCGUAGUCUAACCCAAUCCCAAGAAAAAGGAAGAUAUUCACAAAUAUUUUAUAAAUCUCCAAAUUGUUCCCACUCACCCUCAGUUCAGCCCCCUUUGUCUCUUUUACACCUCUAUAACAAAUAAUAGGCACAGCAAGUAGGAGGAGGGGGAAAUUCCUUUCUUAUGUGCCACGCACAGGGCUGACAUCCCACAGUCCAUUAUCUCCAGCAAGAACACAGCCCCGUGCCUUUGAAGAUCCCAGGGCACCACAUUUUACAUAUAUGAGGGCUGGGUUCCUCCAAGAGGGGCUUAAAACAGUAAGCAAGAGAAAUUGUUGGUCGUGGGAGGAUUACAAGGAAUUGUAAUGCAAUUAUUUGGGAUCACAGACAGAAUAAAAGGAAAGAUACUAAUUAAGCAUGUCUUUAUUUAAUACUUUAAAGGCACGGUGUCCACCCACUCAUCCACCUAUCUUACAAAUACACGCCAGGGUCCGUGGUAUGUCCUGGAU